UUGAGCUCUGACCGACGACUUCGACUCUGAUUCUGCAGCUCAUUCCUGCUCAGGGCCUGUCUCGUUCCAUUUGGGACUUCAACUUUCUAUCAUUGGUUAUCUAGCACCACGGCGACCGGCCUUGGUCAGUGACCUCAGCCAACGAAUCGUCCCUAUCUACAAAUCUGCGACUGUGCUGCAGGUGGUUUCACAAUGGCGGAAUAUCCGGUGGCCUACAAUGGCACCAUAGCAACGGGUGGAGAUUCCUUGACGGAGGAUUUGAACAUAUACUACAGCUCCGGUGACAUUGCAUGGGUUGUCACAUCAACCGCAUUAGUCCUGCUCAUGAUUCCUGGUGUUGGCUUCUUCUACUCUGGCCUUGCCCGUCGAAAGUCGGCCCUCUCUCUGAUAUGGCUCUCGAUAAUGUCUGUCGGUGUCGUUUCCUUCCAGUGGUUUUUCUGGGGCUACUCACUAGCCUUUUCCCAUACUGCUGGAAAGUACAUUGGCGAUCUAUCGAACUUUGGCUUCAAGGGUGUGCUGGCAGCGCCUUCGGUUGGCAGCAGCAAGGUGCCGGAUCUGCUCUUCGCCGUGUUCCAGGGAAUGUUUGCUUGCAUUACUGUAGCACUUGCCGUCGGUGCCGCCGCCGAACGUGGCCGUAUGCUUCCGUGCAUGGUUUUCUCCUUUAUCUGGACCACGAUCAUCUAUGAUCCUAUCGCUUGCUGGACAUGGAAUUCCUCCGGCUGGGUCUUCAAGCUCGGUGGUUUGGACUUUGCAGGCGGCACGCCUGUACAUAUUGCCUCCGGAUCAGCAGCAUUGGCUUACUCUUUAAUGCUCGGAAAACGCCGUGGUCACGGCACCCAUGAGCUCAACUACCGCCCUCACAACGUCACCCAUGUUGUCAUUGGCACUGUGUUCCUCUGGGUGGGAUGGUUCGGAUUCAACGCUGGCUCGGCCCUUGCCGCCAACAUGCGAGCUGUCAUGGCAGCCUUUGUGACCAACCUCGCCGCUUCUGUCGGUGGUGUCACUUGGUGUCUUCUGGAUUACCGACUCGAGAGGAAGUGGUCUACUGUGGGUUUCUGCUCGGGAGUCAUUGCUGGCUUGGUCGCUAUUACUCCUGGAUCUGGCUUCGUGCCUCCAUGGGCCGCUGUCAUCUUCGGUGUUGUCGGUGCUAUCGCUUGCAACUACGCCACCAAGCUCAAAUAUUGGCUCAAGAUCGAUGACGCCUUGGAUAUCUUUGCCGUUCAUGGCAUUGGAGGACUUGCUGGCAACAUCUUGACUGCCUUCUUCGCCGCCGACUACAUUGCGCACCUCGAUGGUUUCAGUGAGAUCCCCGGUGGAUGGAUUAACCACAACUGGGUUCAACUCGGGUAUCAGCUGGCCGACUCCGUUACUGGCUUUGCAUACUCCUUCUUCGGUAGCUGCCUCAUCCUCUUCCUCAUCAACUUGGUCCCUGGUCUCAGCCUCCGCGCUGCCGAAGAAGAUGAAAUUCUGGGUAUUGACGACGCCGAGAUCGGCGAGUUUGCUUAUGACUAUGUCGAAAUCACUCGCGAUGUGAUCGCCGGCGUUGAGGGCACUGAAGGCCUCGAUGGCUCUUCCAAGCGGACAAUCACCCCUACGGAGGGCCACGAGGGCACCAUUGAAACGAAGGCUUGAACACUGCGUCAGCCUCACUAAUAUUCUAUGAUACCCUGUCCUUAAUAAUCAUGUCCUCAUUCUGUCGAUCAUGAUCUGUUUGUAUAUAUUUCCUGUUUAUCAUUUGUUUCUUUCGUCACGUUGGAAGAUGCCCUUGGCUGUACAGAACAUUCUAUUUUCUUCGUCUGAAGUCAUUGAACCAUCAUGCGUCAGGUCUUCUGUGCCUUUUCAGAUAAGCAGCUGG